AUCCCAACAACAAAUCGCACAUUUUAAAAACGUUGCUCUCUCUCUCUCUGUGGAAAAAAUAAUUAAUAAUACUCGAAAGCUCUGUACUUUACACGCAAAACAGAAAACAAAAAGAAACAUCAACCCAAUUUCCUCUAGGCUAAUCAAUCAAAGCAAGCAAUCAACCUUUGAAGCGAAGCAAGCAGGGAAAACGAAGACUCAAACCCACAAGUUUUUAUUUUACUUUUCUCGAUUCAAACCUCAAAGUUCUCGUUUUUCGAUCUAUCGGAGUUAUGGCGUCUGGAUCGUCGGGCCGGGCUAACUCGGGCUCCAAGGGAUUCGAUUUUGGCUCCGAUGAUAUUCUCUGCUCAUAUGAGGACUAUGGAAGCAACCAGGAUUCCUCCAAUGGACCUCAUUCUGAUCCUGUGAUUAGCGCUGCCAGUUCCGGCAAGGACUUUCAUAAAAGUCGAAUGGUCAGGACAUCCGUAUUUCCUGCAAAUGCUUAUACCCCACCGGAGGAUACAGUUAACCAAGAUGUGAUAUCUACUGUUGAAAAAACGAUGAAAAAGUAUGCUGAUAACCUAAUGCGCUUUCUUGAGGGAAUCAGUUCACGUCUGUCACAAUUGGAAUUGUAUUGCUACAAUCUAGAUAAAUCAAUUGGAGAAAUGCGAUCUGAUUUAGUUCGUGACCAUGGAGAGGCAGAUACAAAGCUUAAAUUUCUUGAGAAGCAUCUUCAAGAGGUCCACAGAUCAGUGCAAAUCCUGAGAGACAAGCAAGAACUUGCCGAUGCCCAGAAAGAGUUAGCUAAACUGCAACUUGCGCAGAAAGAGUCAUCAUCUUUGAGCAAUUCACAAUCCAGUGAGGAGAGGACAACGACUCUUGCCAUCGAAUCGAAGAAGAAUGACAACGCUCCUGACAUGCACAACCAGCAGCUUGCUCUUGCUCUGCCCCAUCAAGUGGCUCCGCAACAACAUACUCUGCCUCCCAAUUCCCAGUCCCCUCCUCAGAAUUUGACCCAGCAACAAUCUUACUAUAUUCCACCAACCCAAUUACAGAACCCCCAAGCACCAGCGCCACCACCCCCUGCACUUGCUCCUCCCCCUGCCCCUGCCCCUGCCCCCAACCCCACCCCCGCCCCACCUGCAGCCCCAAUUCAACAUCCUCAGGGUCAGUAUUUGUCAUCUGAUCCUCAGUACCGCACAACCCAGCUGCAAGACCUCUCUAGGUUGCCACCACAGGUGUCGCAGUCACAAGUGAAUCAGGGGACAGCAGCCCAAUCGUUUCCUCAGUACCUACAACAGUGGCCACAGCAGAUACCUCAGCACAUGCAACAACAACAGCAGCCCUCUAUGCAAACACAGAUUAGGCCGACAUCAGCAACUUAUUCUUAUCGCCCAACACAACCGAGUAGUCAAUCCCCACCUGAGGCAAUCCCAAACAGCAUGCCAAUGCAAGUGCCAUUCUCAGGAAUUCCUCAACCUGCAUCUAGCUGUGUGGAUGCUGUUGCUUAUGGCUACAAUGUGCCAGGGAGAACUGUUCCUCCGCAGCCUGCACCUCAGCAAAUCAAAAGCACGUUUGGAGCACAGCCAGGUGAUGGAUAUACAGUUACUGGACCCCAUCCGGCACUUCCUCAGGGAAGUACAUACAUGAUGUAUGAUAACGAAGGCGGGAGGAUACUCCAUACACCACAACCGCAAGCUCACUUUUCACAGGGUGGAUAUCCUCCUACAAGUGUUCCUCUUCAGAAUCAACAACUUCCUCCUGGUGCCGGUAUUCUAGCUCGGAAUCCUAGCCACGUGCAAUUUGUUCGCAACCAUCCCUAUGGUGAAUUAAUCGACAAGCUUGUAAGCAUGGGUUUCCGGGGCGACCAUGUUGCAGCUGUAAUACAGAGAAUGGAGGAAAGUGGCCAGCCUAUCGACUUCAACACCGUGCUUGAUAGAUUAAAUGCGCUUGAUAGGUUGAAUCCGCAUGCUUCUGCCUUAUCUCAGCGAGGGUGGUAAGAAUUAAAAGGAAAGCAUGAUGGAUGGCUCAGUGUCUCCAUACAGCCAUUUCGGGGUGAUGAUCGAAGUAAGACGUGGAAUAAAAGUCAGUGUUCUGUUUAUUUUGUGAGAGGUUCAGAUAUUUUCUACUUGACCUCUUGUUAAUGUUACUAUGUACGUAAAGCUUAUGCGAAUUAUGUAAGAAUGUUUAUGGUCAAUGACACUUUUAAGUCAAAGAACCAUCAAGUUGGUGAAUUCUGAUGAUUGAAAUUUGAGCUUGAUUUCAAUAUCAUGAAAGUCUGCUGAUUUGCUAUCAGGAAAAUGUCACAUAAAUUUUAUGGGUUGUUUGUGUUCAGUGUGUAAUAUAAAGACAAUUUCCUUUUGCAA